UCACGCAUCAAAAUAUUUUUUUACAAGAUUUAUAAAUUAUUUUUAAAAUAAACUGGUACCAGACGACUUAAACUUCAGUCGUCCAGACGACUUCCAACAAUUCAGACGACUCAGACGAUUUACUAGGGCUAUAUUCGUAAAAAUGACUUCUGUUUUUUUAUUUGGUUACAAGGAGCUGAGCUGUAAUUUCACUAGGCUUUUAGGUUAGUUUUGCAUUUGAUUCAGGUUUGGAUAUAGGUUUGGGUUUAAAAUCAAGUUGUAGGUUAGUUUUGGCAAAAACCCCUAAUGUGUAUAUCUAAUAAAAUAAUUUUUAACAAUAAAAUAAGUCUGCCUUAGGUAGAUCAUCUACAAUCUCACAAAUCUAUUAGACCUAAUGUUCUAGAAAAUAUAAGCAUAGAAAAUAAACUUCCAUCUAAAUAAGAUCUAACCAUAUUCUUCAUGAUCUACUUGUAUUGUUCAAGAAAAUACAAAAAGAAAACAAAAAAACUUACACAACCGGUAUUUGGAGAGACCGAAAUGAAGAAGAAGAUAGAUAUUAGGGUUUGUAUAAAAAUUAUAAUAGAAGAGUCUUAUAUAUAAAUUUUUUUAUAGAAUUAUGUGAUUUCAGUUGAACACUAAAGAAUCUUACUACUCGUAUAUUUAAUUUGGGCCACAAUAUAUUUGUAUAUUUGUUUAAGACACCCAACGACAAUAUUUCAAAAAGUCUGUGAAAGUUCCAUAUUACAUAAAUUUGCCAAUAUAUAAUAAACAAUUUAACUUAAAAGGGUGUUAUAUUUAUAUUUCCAUGACAAUAUGAAUUUUAGAUCAAUAUUAUUAAAUUUAGAAAUUUAUUUUUUGAAGUCCUCUUGUAAUGCUUUAAUAGUCAGAACAUUUCCAUCACAUUUAAAUUGUAAUUAACACACUUGGAAUAUCCCUUUCUUAUUAUUUGAGGAGCAUUAAAAAUAAAUAACCUUUAGUUCAUGUGUUUAUUACAAGUGUGCCAUUUUUUAUGUGGCAACUCCACAAGCUCUCUCACCUAUUCUAUUUAAAACCCCUUUGUUAGCUAGAGUAAUUACACAACAUGCCAUUGAUCAAAACAUUAUAAUUACCUUUGUUUUUUUACAUUUGUCACAUAUAUACGUUGAUAUGUAUUACAUCAAACCUCAUCAUUUAUUUUUUGCGUUGGUUACCUUAACCGAAGUUCUACGUAUUACAUCAAAGAUUUUAAAAUUAUGUUAAUUACCUUGACUGAAGUUUUUUCAUUAAUUUGUUUCAAUACAAAAACAUUACUGACAUACGUAGUGGUAUAAUUGUUUUUAUUCAAAAUGAAUAUAGAAUGUGCAAUUAUCAACCAAAGUUUGUUUUCUGAAAAAUCCUAAAAAGUAUUUGAUGAUCAAUACAUGCUCAAGUGAUACAUCUAACAUAUGCGAAAAAAUAUUUGUUCUCUUAAAAAUAUAUCAAGAAAAAAACUUUUUUUCUUAAAAUAGUGAAACAGAAGAACCAUGCAUAUGACAUAUACUUGCCCCGUUUCAUUAAAUUGUUAGAUGAUCUCCGCCUUGCGAUUGUAGAAACUAAGGUACAAUACGAUUUUCUGGCAUACACAUAUAAAAACUUACCUUAGGUGAUCUAUCGUAAUUAAGAUUUUAACGCCAACUUGCAUAAUGAAAAUAAUUGCGGAGCAAAUUGCCCAUGAUUCAAACGUUAUUUGCAAGAACGAAAUUGAUUGAUGAUUGGGAAAAAAGAAACUUCUAAUAACUUUUAACAUAUUUUUAAAUUACAAAUUUGGUAAACUGAUGGUAAUAAUACGUGAUUUGCGAGGACUUGACUUUUGUAUAUAAGGAACGUAGAUUAAAGUUUAAAUUAUUGUAAUCAAUUAAUAAUCGUGAACUUUCUUGAAUUUGUUCAAUUGCGAUUGAUAAAAGGAAGUUUGCUUUAACUAUUUACAAUAUUAAAGCAAUUCUCGACUAAGAUUGGAGCGCAAGUUAUGUGUAAUAUUCGAUUUAGUUACGACCAUUAUUUUGAAUCCAUAUGACCACACGGCGAUUCCUUUUUAGUAUAAAUAUACGGCUUCUAUAAUUCAGAAAACUCACCACACAUUUCUUCUCGACUUUGCUCAUUUCAAAACAUUCUCUCAAGCAAUCAAAUGGUUGGCUUUAACUCUGUUUCCGAUUUGAAACCAUUCAAGACAUUGUUUCUUUUAUAUUUUAUUAGUCUAUUGUUUAUGUUUUGUUUUAUUUUAUAUUUUUAAUUUAUUUUAUGCAAACAAAUAUAUAAUUUUUAAACAAAAUUUUCGCAGCUUAAUUUAGAUUGACAUAUUAAAUUUCGUCUAACCCUUACUUUAUAACAUAUAGUAUUUUUUGCUAUGACUUUAACUUUUAUUAUGUCUACAAAUUAAAAGUGUUAAUAUUUUGAAAUCUAUUUAUUCCGCGCAAGGCGCGGGUUAUCACCUAGUAUGUGUUGUUUUGGGACAAUUCUAGAUCAAGAAUUCAUUUAUUUGAACUUAUAAUCCUGAAUGAACGAAGAAGCAUCAUAUCGCAAGCAAUUAAAUUCAAAAACUCAUUUCUCCAAAGCGGAUUCAACGAAGAAAAUAUUAAUCCCAAAACACAUAUAAUAACCAAAAGUUCAAAACCAAAACCAAAAUAUGAAAAAUGAAGAAAUUUUACUUGACUAAGAUUCCAGCUAGUUCAUCUUCUCCAAAUAGAACAUGUUUUAAGCACACUUUCUUGGUCAAUGAAGAUGUGUCAGGUGCACCUUCCUUGUGCUUAGUAAAUGGCAUAGACAUAUAACCUUAUUGUUAUCUUGACCAUCAGUGAGAUGUAAAGCACUCUAAGAUAUUAUAAACAUAGACUAAGCAUUGUUUAACCAUUCCAUUUGUAUAUGUGGAUGGCAUAGACAUUACCUCUUGACCACUUGUAAAUGUCAACCCCUUUUCUGAGAGAGAUUUUGUUUGAGUGACUCCAUCGUUUAAGUAUUCCAUUCUCUCUUUUUAUAACCUACCCACUUUGAAAAUCUCAGCUCCCUAAACAAUGUGCUCUUUUCAACAUAGACACCAAAAGUAAAAGUCUUUCCAACAACUUGAUUAAUAGCUUCAGGCAAGUCAGUAGCAUCUUCAAGCUGACGAAAAUUGGAAAUAAUGAUUAAUAAUACGUACAGACUAGCAAUUCACUCAAAGUCAUUUGGAAAAUAAAAGGUAGAUUGUCAUAUGCACCUCAUUAAAUGAUUCAUUCAAAAGUUUUGUAUCAGUUUCACUAAUAAAUCCCUUAGCCACCAAGUCAAGAAUCAUAACUCUUGCUUCUCCUGUAUCGAAGUUUAAACCUAAAAAUUAAACAAUUAGUAAUUUUAAAGCAUAUUCUAAAACCCGUAUAUUGUAUAACUGAUAAACAUUUUAGUUUACCUGGGUGACACGAAAGUAUAGUUUUCCUUGCACGCCUCACACCACCAAAUAUGUGAAGGAAUCUCAUGUCCACUAAGAUUCUUCACAUUAGUUGCUACUUUAAAAACUUUUUUGUUGCUUAUGCUACAACCAAAGUAAUACCAUCCCCAGUCUGAAUCAAUUGCAUAGACAGUACACGAUACCAAGCAUUUUUCAGCCGACAUGUAAAGGUGUGCUGGAGAUCGUGGCCUGGGCCAGUAUAUAGCUUUUGUAGACGUGCUGCAGGGAGCAUAUAUCUUCCCCUGGUCGAUAGUAACCGCCAGGAUCAGCCUCUCCUAGGCUUGUCCGAAAAGAAGAUCUUCUAUGUGUACAAUCUUGCCUUGGAGGCUGUAGAAUUGGUGAGCUCUGGUUAUGGACGUCUCCCCCUCAUAGAUUGACGUGUUUUCCUCAUAGAUGGAUGUGUUCCCAUGAAUGUAGAACUUCAUCUUGUUGGUAUUAAUCGCAUGGAUUCAUCGGUUAUAAGCAUGUUGAUGAAGUUGGCCUUCUAGGUCUCGAAUCUUGCCGUGGCGGCUAUGGAGAUGAUGAGCUCGUGUCUCUCUCUGUGUUAUGGACCUCCUCUUUAGAUUUAGAAACCUCUCUUUAUAGUGGAGGUCGUGCCUCCUCUUUAGGGUUUGUAAAUAUUCCAUAUAUCCUUAGAUAAUAAAAUAUUUCCACUCUUCUUUAAGGACGGCCUAUAUAUUGGAAUACUUCCUCUUUCUCUUGGAUUUAGGAAGAUCCCUUCUUCUCUAAGCUGAUUAACGGAUAAAUGGAAGAUUUCCAUUUAUCUUAAGGCAGGAGAGAAAUCACUUGGCUUGGAAGACGGAGGAAGGUCCCAGACUCGGGGACAGGGACCCGGGACCCAGAGGCUGGAACCCGGACCCUGGGGGCAGAGACCUGGAAGACGGAAGCUGGAGUAAUCUUUUCAUGGAAUAUUUUUCCCCAACAACGAGUUACUGCGGUUUUAAAUCGUAAAGUUCCAUCGGUGACUCUGAUCGAAAUGACACAAGAGCAUGUUCGAUCCAAUCCCGAAGGAGGGAGCUACGAGGACGGGACUAUGACAGCACGAUCGUUCCAACUCGGCGGAUGGCCGAACUGGUCGCGUGUUGAUCCAGUUCGGCCAUCCGCCGAGCUGGACUGGGCGGAUGGCCGAGCUGGUUGUGUUGUCGAUCCAGCUCGGCGGAUGGCCGAGCUGGUCGCGUGUUCGAUCCAGCUCGAUCGGCCAUCCGCAGUGCUUGACUGGUUCAGCUCGGCGGAUGGACGAGCUGGUCGUGUUGUCGAUCCAGCUCGGCCAUCCGCCGAGCUGGACUGGUUCACGUCGGCGGAUGGCCGAGCUGGUCGUGUGGUCGAUCCAGCUUGGCCAUCCACCGAGCUUGACAGUGUGCUCUGUCCACCCUUCAAUUAAACAGACAUAACUUAUCACUACAAGAAAACAUGUGAUUCCCGACCACAGUUUGCGACUGAAAACGUAGUCGUUAAGUUUUACGACUGUUUGGCGACUGACGGACAACUGAAUUGCAACGUGGAAAUUUUAGUUGUUAAUCAGUCGCACGAUAGUGACUGUGACGUUUAGUCGUUAUGCCAUCAUCAUAUUACGACUGAUCCGCGACCCCAUUGUUGUCGGAGCUUAUGUAGUCGCAAUAUAGUCUGAAUAUUGCGACUAUUUCGCGACUGAUGUAUAGAGUCAUACGGUAGCCGCAAACCAGUCGGUGAAAACCGGUACAAAACACGUGGUUUACGUUUUACGGUUGGUGUAACUAAAUUUUGUAAGUCAACCGCCUAAUCCGUCGAACCAUUACGACUGAUCUGCGACUACGGCGUCUUCGGAGCAAUUCUGUAGCAAUAUAGUCGGAGAUUUUGUGACUAUUUAGCGUCUGCUUUUUUUGUGGUCGUAACGGAGUCGCUAAUCAGUCAGUCAAUACCGGUACGAAACACAUGAUUUACGUUCCAUGGUUGGUGUAACUAAUUUUUGCUGGCUUUGUCUGUAUUGAGUCGCUAAUAAGUCGGAAAUGUUUCUAUAAAUACUACACGAUGUUUUCCAUACAUUUCUGCUAAGAAACAUAAAAAGAAAGUGAAAACAACAAAAAAUCGUUGAAAUUCAAAAUUUUUUUUUUUUGCAGUGUUACAAUGUCGGGAAAUUCCAACUAUUCCCAUUUUCGAGAAUGGAUGUACAAGAGGAUCGAUGAAAAGACGGGAAAUUUCUCAGAAGAGUUCAUAGCAGGGGUGGAUCAAUUCAUGACAUUUGCAAAUUGCCAGCCUAUCACGCAGAGCAAUGGGGGUAAAUUUUUCUGUCCAUGUAGUGUUUGCAAGAACGAUAAAUUUCUUCCGGGAUCAAAAAUUUGGAAACAUAUAUAUAGUAGAGGAUUCAUGCGAGACUAUUAUGUCUGGUAUAAUCAUGGAGAAGAAAUUGAUAUGAAAUUAGAAACGAGUCAUGUUGAUCCGACACCUUUAAGUGGUAGUGAAGAAGUUGGUAAUGAAGAUAUAUAUGUUGAUAUGGUAAAUGAUGCAUUUCGUGAUAAUGUGAGGUGUGAUAAUUAUCACGAGGAUGGUAAUUACCAGGACGGUAAUUACCAGGAUGGUACCAGGAUGGUCCUGGUAAUUACCAGAAUGUAGUAGACGAUGUACAUUCGAAAAGGUUUUACGACUUGUUAGAAGGAGCAAAAAAUCCCCUGUAUGAUGGUUGUCGUGAAGGUCACUCGCAGUUAUCCUUAGCUGCUCGAGUUUUACAAACUAAGGCAGAUUAUAAUAUGAGUGAAAAGUGUGUGGAUUCAGUGUGCCAAAUGUUGAAUGACUAUUUACCAGAUGGAAACAUGGCAACCGACUCACACUACGAGACAGAAAAGCUGAUGCGCAAUUUAGGGCUCCCAUAUUUUACAAUUGAUGUUUGUAUCAACAAUUGUAUGAUAUUUUGGAAAGAAGAUGAAAGGUGGGAAACAUGUCAAUUUUGUGGUGCUGAAAGAUGGAAGCCUAGGGACAAACGCCGUAGAACCAAAGUACCAUAUAGCCGUAUGUGGUAUCUCCCUAUAGCUGAUAGGUUAAAGAGAAUGUAUCAGAGAAAGAAGACUGCAGCGGCAAUGAGAUGGCAUGCUGAGCACCAAGCAAAAGAGGGAGAAAUGUGUCAUCCAUCUGAUGCGGCUGAGUGGAAAAACUUUCAAGAAAUACAUCCGCGGUUUGCCGAAGAACCGCGUAAUGUUUAUCUUGGAUUAUGUACUGAUGGAUUCAAUCCAUUUGGAAUGUCUCAUAAUCAUUGUGGCCUAUAAUCUUGACUCCGUAUAAUCUGCCCCCGGUAUGUGCAUGAAAACAGAGUACCUGUUUCUUACAAUUCUAAAUUCCGGGCCAAAUCAUCCACGAGCUAGUCUUGAUAUCUUCCUCAAACCUCUGAUUGCGGAGUUAAAAGAACUAUGGUCAACUGGAGUUGAAGCAUACGAUGUGUCCUUGAAUCAAAAUUUCAACCUAAAAGCCGUGCUUCUGUGGACGAUAAGCGACUUUCCGGCGUACGGCAUGCUUUCCGGAUGGACGACCCAUGGUAAAUUGGCAUGUCCAAUUUGCAUGGAAGAUACUAAGUCUUUUUAUCUGCCUAAGGGAAGGAAGACGUGUUGGUUUGAUUGUCACCGAAGAUUUCUUCCUCGUAAUCAUCCACUGAGGAAGAAUAGAAAAGACUUCUUGAAGGAAAAAAAUGCGGUAAAUGAAGUUCCACCAGAAUCUUUGACUGGUGAGCAAGUUUAUUCAGAGCGGUUAAAUGGUGUCAAUCCUCCUAAAACGUCUGUUUGCGGUGGAAACGGUCAUGAAAAGAAGAAGCCUGGAUAUGGAAAGUACCAUAAUUGGCACAAGGAAAGCAUAUUUUGGGAGUUACCAUACUGGAGGGAUCUAAUUCUCCGUCAUAAUCUUGAUGUGAUGCAUAUCUAGAAGAAUUUUUUCGACAACAUCAUGAAUACUCUUAUGAAUGUGAAGGGUAAGUCGAAAAACACAAUCCAGUCAAGAUUGGAUAUAUCAGAGUUUUGUGAUCGGCCACACUUACAUGUUGAUGAUGAUGGUCAAGCUCCAUUUCCUCCCUACACAUUGGACGAAGCCGGGAAAAAAAGUUUAUUGGAAUGUGUGAAACACGCAGUUAAAUUUCCCGACGGUUAUGCUUCAGACUUAACUAAUUGUGUUGAUAUGGAGAACAACAAGUUCUCUGGCAUGAAGAGUCACGACUGCCAUGUUUUUAUGGAGCGGCUACUUCCAUUUAUCUUUUCAGAACUCUUAGACAAAAACGUCCAUCUUGCAUUAUCAGGUGCUAAUUUUUUGUUAUAUUUUUUUUAUAUUUAAUGAUACAACUUGAUAUGUGAUUUGAAGAAUAUUUCUAAUUUUGUAGGUGUUGGAUUGUUUUUCCGUGACCUUUGCUUGAGAACUUUGCAGAAAGAUCGUCUCCAAAUUCUAAAAAAAACAUUAUUUUGAUCAUCUGCAAUUUAGAGAAGAUCUUUCCACCAUCAUUUUUUGACGUGAUGCAACAUCUCCCUAUACACCUCCCCUAUGAAGCUGAAUUAGGAGGACCUGUCAAUUAUAGGUGGAUGUAUAUCUUUGAAAGGAAUUUCAAAAAAGUGAAAGCAAAAGCAAAGAACAAAAGAUUUGUUGCUGGAUUGAUUGUUGAAUCAUAUAUCAAUGAGGAGAUUGCUUACUUUUCUGAGCACUACUUUGCUGAUCAUAUACAAACAAAAUCAAGGUUUACACGAUUUGAUGAAGGUGAAGUUCCUGUAUAUUGUGUCAGCGGAGUACCAGAUAUAUUUACACAUGUAGGUCGUCCGAGUGGAGAAAUGCAAGAGAUAUGGCUUUCCGAGAAAGACUAUAACUGCGCACAUUCAUAUGUAUUGCGAAAUUGUGAUUAUUUUCAGCCAUUUGAGAGGAUGUUUGAAGAUUAUCUAACUGCAAAAUACGGAGACAUUUCCGAGAAAGAACUCUCCACAAAGAGAGUUGAUGAAUAUCAUAUAUGGAUGAAAGAUUACGUUCGUUACUGGAGCAACACACACGAGCUUCCUGUGUGGGUCAAAAAUAUUGCGAAUGGACCCGUGAAUAAGGCCAAAACCUGGCCCAUCUACUUCACCAGAGGUUCCUUAUUUCAUACGCAAAAGCAUGGUGAGGGACGAAAGACUUGUAACUAUGGCAUAUGUGUUAAUGGAGAGAGUUACACAAAUGCAUCAGAUGAAGCUGAUUACUAUGGGAUCUUAACUGAUAUCAUUCAAAUUGAGUAUGAGGGGGCAGUGAAUUUGAAAAUUACACUUUUUAAAUGUAAGUGGUAUGAUCCUAUGAUUGGUAGAGGCACUCGGCGGAGCAAUGGUGGCAUCGUGGACGUUCUUUCAUCUAGGAAAUACUAUAAAUACGAACCAUUUAUUCUAGCAUCUCAAGCACAUCAAAUUUGUUAUAUCCCGUAUCCGUACGUAAAGAAACCAAAGCAGUUGUGGUACAAUGUUUUAAAAGUGAAUCCGAGGGGAAUCAUUUCAGGAGAAUAAGAAGACAGCGAACCGGCAGUGUUACAACAAGACAAUGAUGAUGCUGUAUUGAUGACUACAAUUGAAGAUAUACCAGUCGACCAUUUGUUACAUGCUCAAGGAGAACCGAUUAAUCUUGAUAUUGACGUCGAAGAUGCAGAACCGGAGGAUGAAUUCCAGUGUAAUCUAUCCUCGACUUCUUCUAAUGAUGAAUGUGAAGAUGGACAAACACCAUCCUAAAAUGUUUUACCAUAACUUAUUAAGUCAUAUCCCUAAACUUAUGUUCUUUACUUUUAAAUAAUGUGUUGUUUACUUCCUAAUAAUGUGUUUUUAUAUUGUUAAGUGUUAUAUCCUAAAUUGCUAUAUCCAUUGAUCAAAAAAAAAUUGCUAGACCCUAAAUUGUUAAAAGCAAAGAAAAAUAAAAUUUUAAACCCUAAAUUGUUAUAAGCAAAGAAAAAAAAUUGCUACACCCUUUACCCUAAACCCGACUUUCCCCCCGAAUUUUUCUAAGUCCCCCGGUAAAGUGUAAACCCAAUUGAAAAAAAUUUCUAACUCCCGCCUAACCAAUUAAUCUAAUCCCGCUAAGCCCAAUUUUUAGACCCAAAACCCAAAACAAAAACAAAACCAACCUAAGCCUAAUACACUCAGACAACUGCAUCUCACUCUCUUUCGAUUAGAAAGAACCCUAAUCUCUCACCCUCCCUCGAAUCUCACUCUCUUUCGAUUCCACCGAAACCAUAGAACCCUAAUCUCUCACCCUCCCUCGAAUCUCACUCUCUUUCGAUUCCACUGAAACCAUAGAACCCUAAUAUCUCACCCUCCCUCGAAUCUCACUCUCUUUCGAUUCCACCAAAACCAUAGAACCCUAAUCUCUCACCCUCUCUCGAAUCUCACUAUGUCCAAUUCCUAAUCGCUGAAUUCCAGAAAUGCCUCAUCUCUCUUUUGAGACCUAAAGAACCCUAAUCUCUCAUCUCUCUUUGAAACGAUGUCAUCAAAAAAGAAGCAGAAAGUUUCAAAAAAAUCUCCCCUUCCCUCGCAGUACCAUUUCGUUCCUAGGACGACAGCUCCUCCUGUCUCCAACCGCCGAUCUCCACCAGGCGUGAGUGACUACCCACCUCUGAGGCAGCUCUUCCAAGACUCAGAGGCCCAAACUCAAGCUGCUUCAGGGCCUCUUCAUCAACCAUCUCCACCGCCUCUUCAUCAACCAUCUCCACCGUCACAAUCUCGACGGUCCGAAACGUCAGCGACGCGACGUUCUCCCAGCAGGUCUCAGUCUCAAGACUCUGCGAGUACAGAAAGUCCAGAAGCUGUGGAACCGACGCUCUCUGAUGGGCAGCCUCGUUUACUCAACCAACUGCUAUCCCAGCCAAACCGGGGCACUGACAUACCAAUCCUUUCUCCAACCUUUGAGCCUGGAACAACAUGGUUUGGUCGUGACAAAGGGAAACUGACCCGGAGGAUCACAAAGACUUUUACGAAAAAGUUUGAUGAAGCUUAUUACAGUUGGAGUGUUGUGCCUCAGAACAAAAGAGAGACGACAUUUGUGGAAUUUCCAGUUAAGUUUUAUCUUCUAUAUUUAAUAUCAAUUUUUGUUUAAUUUGAUUUUUAACAUCAACCUUCUCUGUUUUUUUUGUAGAAAACUCACACUUGGGAUCAAAUACACACUGGUAUUGUUCAGUAGAAGUUUGAGGCGGUAUGUCAGCGACGUAUGAAGGACAUGGUUAGCGUUCGUAGGAGGUCACGAGUGCGACCACCCUGGAUCCACGGUGAACUGUGGGAACAAAUGACUGCGUAUUGGGACACUCCCGAAGAGGAAAAAAAGAGUCAGACAGCAUCGGACUCUCGGUUGUCUGACCGGAACGGACUUGGUCCACACAAGCACAACUCCGGCCAGAAGUCUUUCGAACAAAUCGAACAUGAAAUGGUUGAGAAAUUGGGCAGACCAGUUACUCUUGGUGAAGUUUUCAUGGAGACACCUACAAGAAAGGAUGGGAGCUUUGUCGAUUUGAAAGCAGAGAAGGUUGCAGAGAUGUAUAAGAAGAACAAAGAAGCCAAGUUGACUGCCCUUGAGGCUGAAAACUCACAGACAUCAGACAGUGCUUCCAUGAUCCACAGCUCUCCAUAGAGGAGGAUAAUGAGAUAUUCCUUUUGUCAACUUUCACAAAUGAAAGAGGACAGCACUAUGGCAUUGGAAGCCUCCAGCAAACUCUCAUCAAUGGGAAACGGACGUUCAGUGAAUUUUCUUCAUCUGCAUUCCUCGACAUGAAGAAGCUUCUUGAAGAUGCUCACCGCAAAAUAGAAGAUCAGGCUGCUUCUAAUGCAGCACAGGCUGCUAUUAUUGAAGAGCAAGGUGCUUGUAUUGCAGAGCAAUCAAAGCAGAUCAAGGAGUUCUCUAUAGUGGGGAAGUUUCUAGCUGCAACUAAUCCAUUAUAUAAUGAGUUUGUAGCUGCUAAUUCCAGCACCUGAUCAUGCUUUCCUGUUUAUUUACCUAGAAACUUAUGACUUUUGUAAGUUCUUUUGUUUAGUUGCUUGUUUCAAACUUUUGGAGCUUUAACAUUUUCAGUUUCAAUAUUAACCACUGCUUUUUAAUUUUACAAUGCUCGAUAGCAUAGAUUUAUUAGCAUUACAAACCAGAAAGCACAUAAAAUCGGAAUGGCAAAUUCAAAGAAACAAAAAGAAGAGUCGUAAUUCAGUUGGAUAAAAUUACAACAUUUUACGACUAAACCGCGACUGAUAAAAAAAUGUACUCGCGAAGUAGUCGCAACAUUAGAGACUGAACUGCGACAACAACUGUGACUACACUCAGACUAAAAAGGUAGUCGCUAAAUGGUUGCAAAAUUAACGACUGCAUUGCGACUACAUCAGUGACUACACUCGGACUAAACAAUUAGUCGUUAAACGGUCGCAAAUUUAACGACUACACUACGACUUCAUGCUCCGACUAAUUGAUGACUCCUAAUAACCGACUGAUUAACGACUGCUGAUAAACUAAGUAAUCGACUAAAAAUAGUCCUAUAUUGGACGUGAAGCAAUCGGAGUGUAGUCGUAACACAUUAUGACUAGUAGACGACUAUAUGCCGACUGAAUUGUUUAGUUGUAAAUGUGUCGUAGAACAGUCGUAAUAUAGCGACUGAUUUACGACCAAUAUAAUUACCGACACGUUGAUUGACGACCAUGCUUAGUAGUCGCUAUUCAGUCGUAAAACGUCAUUUGCGACUGUUUUGCUUCUGAUUCUGCAGUCGGGAACUACUUGUUUUCUUGUAGUGUAUGCUACAGAAUGAUGAUUGACCUCAGACCGGUGGCAUUGGAAAGUUAACUCUGUGCAGUUCUGCACCUCAAAACGAACGAACAAACGAGUUGGACUGCUUGUUUGGUUCCGUGAUCCAUUUCUCUCGAGUCUUUUGCUUAGGAAAUUUUGUCGAGAGUGUGUCGAGAAAGCUUUCAUACAGGAACACAGUUUUUGGACGUUUAUUUCGAGAUUACCGUUUUUGAUCCCAACAAUGUUUGCUUCUUAUUGUGGAUAAAAAUUAUACGGAAUUUAUAUUGCGAGAAAUAUUUUCUGGGGACUUUUCACUACAAGAAAACAGGACCUUAAUGACUAAAGUAUUAGUAGCUAGUUGGUCGUAAUAUGGGCUUUAGGACCAAUUAACUUCGAAAAUCGAUUGGUCGUUAUAAGAUGAUCGUAAUUAAUAAUUAGAGGCACAUUGGUCGUAAUAUUGCGACUAGAAAAAUUAGUCAUAUAUCAGACGUAGCUUUACGGCUCAAUAAGUUGGUCGUAAGUUAAACGUAAAUACAUUUGUCGUAAAGGUCACGUACAUUUACGUCUCAUAUAUUAGUCGUACACUGGUCAUAACCUUAUGACCAAUUUACCUGUAAUGUCGAUGUUUAUUAGUCGUAAGCUAACGAAUAUCACUCAAAUUACCCUAAGGAAUGAAUUACUCUCUCAAAUAAGAGGUUCAGAUGUAGUACUUAGGGAUCGAAUCUAUAGAGACUCUAGGAUUAAACAAUAGAUUAUGGUCUUGAAAUAAAUCUAGAUUAAAUGGUUUAUAAGUUUUAAAGCAGUAAAUGGAGUGGUGAGCAAUUUUAUUGCUCGAUUGAUUUUUUUUUAGGUUGUUAACAGUUUGGAGAAAUAGCUAGAUUCAGGUAUAUUCCCAGGUAUGAUAAGUAAACUUAAUUUGGGUUUGUAGGAGUUUAUUGUUAUUAAUUAUUCUUGAAUUUAAACUUACGAUAUAAUCAAUCUGAUUAUCUAAUAUGGAUCUCGGAUUUCAACUCUCGUAUGUUAAUCACGAGAAAUUGUCGAUCGAUAAUUCUUUAUGAAUAUCGAUCGAUACACCUUUCAAAAUAUCGAUCGACAGGGCUAUCGAUGUAUCGAUCGAUACUUCUUCCAGAAAUUUUUACGGACAGGUUUAAUUUAUAUUCUCAUACUCACUAGAUCAACUCUCGUCUGUAUCUAGUCAGUUAGAUCAUACUAGUUAAUUUUCAGGUAUUGAGUCAAGCAAUGGCUUGAUCCCAAUUAAUCCUAAGAUCUAGCUUUAAAGGGUGAUCAAUCCUAAACUUAGCUUUAAGCACAACUAGAUGAAGAACUAUAUUUCUAAACACCCCUAACAACAGUUUAAUUCAGUAUUACAUGUAUCAACCUAUUGAGAAACCUAAACCUAACAGCAAGAACUACUCAGACAUAUUCAUAAAGCACAUAGUUAUGAUGGUCUGAAUAAUACUCAAUAGAUAAAUAAAAACAUAAUAGAGUAAGAAGCAAAAGGAGUUCAAGAUCUUCCCUCUCUCAAGGUGUACAGAUCUCUCUCUCCAAUCCUAAGCUCUCUCUCUCCAGAAUAGUAUGAAGCAUAACCGU